AUGUUGGAAUUGGAGGGAGAUAUGGAGGAAUGGAAGUUAAAGGGACAAAAGAAGGAGGAACCCAAGCAAGAGGAUACAUACGACACGUUGAUGUUUCCAGAGACAAGCCCCGACGUCAAUAUCAAGAAGUUACAGCGGGCGAACGACUCUGGAUUUGGUGAUGAGGUAAAGCCAAAAUUGGAGUUGAAGUUGAAUUUAGGUCGCCCAAAUCGCAAUUUCUUUAUUCCGCACAAUAUUUUGAUUAUAUCGGUGUUACCGAGGUUUGGCGUAUGUCCCAUUGUAGCGAAAAGCUCCGUAGAUCCAUCGAAUUUCCUCACCCCUGGAUUUUUGUCGGGUGUUGCGGUCGAUAUGGAACAGGGGAUGGAGACGGCUGAGUCGUAUUUCGAGGAUUACGAACUUUUGCUAUAG